AUGGGCUUGGGCUGCUCGGUGGAGGUGGCACGAGCGGCCGUUUGUGAGUCCUGCAAUUGCGUCGACGACCAGUCGGAGGGAAACCGAGUCUGGGCGCAGGGUUGCUUCAGCCGAUCCUCUCUGGACAGCAGAGACGAGGGUGCUACCUUCGACCAUCCGCAUCCGCUCUUGUGCCGAAGUCGUGAGGAUACCACGCCUCGUGGUCCAACUCCUCCCUGGGCCGUGCAUGCUUACGAGAGUGAGCCUGUGGACAAAACAUCCACCGGGGCUACGCCACCUAGGACGCUUGCCCCGACUCGCUGCUCGCCCCCUGGCCUACCUGAGGAGCUGGAUCAAACUCACCAUCAACCUGGACUUCUAGUGGCUUUGGGCGCUGGCUUCUGUCGUGACAUGUUUCGUGCUGCUCGCACGGGUGACGACACCUUGUUGGAGAAGCUGAUCAAGCGGGCUUACAGCUCUCACCCUGUUGUUCACGACCCAUCCACAUCUGCAUUGGAUGAGGGGACUGCAGAGGAGGUGUCCAAUAUGCUGAGCUUUGCUAGAGAUGUCGGUACAGGAGAGACGUUGUUGGGAGCAGCGGCCAGGAAUGGCGAAGCCCAAGUUGUAAAGCUGCUGCUGCUGCGCUCUGCCAAUCCCACUGUCUCCGACAGCCGGGGUCGUAUGGCGCUUCAUCGCGCCGCCGAAGGAGGUGAUUUGCUCACAACCCUCCUGGUGCUGGAUCGCUUGCAAAGUGCUGAUCGCUUCCUGUCGGUUACGGAUUUCGUUGACAACCAUGGCGAGACUCCUGGCGUGGUUGCUUCUGCUGCAGGCAGCAACGCAGUCUGUGGAGCCUUGGAGGUCUUCGGAGACAUGCAGCUCAAUGCGGAGCAGCAGUACAUCGGUCAGCUCAGGAAGCCAGGCGUGCACAGCGACAUCCUGGCUUCCUUGAACCUUGGGCCCGAAGAUAGCGCUGCUUCGCUGCAGAGUUUGAAAGAGGCCUCACUGGGAUCAAUCUUGGUGCCAAAGAUCUGGCCUCAAGCCCAGGCUGCCUUUCAUCUCGAGGAUGAACUCGACAAGGCUUUCCAGGGGGUGCACCAGGCUGAGGAGUUGCUGAUGAAGGCCAGCUGGAAGCCUAGCGAGUUCGGCCUUCUCCCAGGACUGAAGCAAGUUGUUCGCACAAUUGAUCUGAGAGUCCGCUGGCAGAGGCUCAGAAUCGAUGCCGUGACCGGCACGGACGCGGCCCUGGAUGAUUUCUGGCAAACUCACCUAAGUGCUGCCAGAAUGGCAAAACUGACCAGAGCAGAAGGCAACAUGCAGCAGAUCUACUUGGGCAUUCUUUGGCUCUACACGCGAGAGUGUUGGCUUCCACACGUCAUCGAGGCAUUGGCAGGCUUCCUACGUGAGAGCAGCGCUGAGGUGACAACGGCUGAAGAAGCGUUGCCUCUGCAGCGCUUGGUGCAGGCUUUGUCUCCAAUGGCGCAGCUGGUGCAAGCUGCGACAUGUUUCUUCAGACAGCAAGGGGUCCGACACGAGGGUGUCACCUUCCGGCCGUUAGUUUUACCUGCGUCGUUGCUCAAGAGCAUGAUCGACAGGUUUCUUUCAAGCAAGGAAGAGGAGCAGCAGUCGUCCACGGUCCAGGAGAGGUCGCUCGACCCUUUGGCAGAUGAGGGCCUGGAAAGCGGAAUGUGGUUCCUCCUCAGCCAUGGCUCCUUCCCCACAGCUUUUGCCUCACGCUGGGAUGCAGGGAAGCGCCUUGCCAAGACAAAUUCGAAUGUUCUCCUGGCAAUACAAGCAGACCCCAAGUCCCCCAGCUUCCCAGAGCAUAUGUCGCUGAAGGGUGGUGGCGAUGAUGUGUGCGCACUCUCAGACAUGUUUUACCUGCGGCAUGCUCGCCUACUUGUCGCCCCGAGUCUCAAGUGUCACAAAAAGUGGCAAAGCAGCGGUCUUGAGCUAGAUGGAGCAAUGCCAGAGCUGCUAAGCCAUGAGCAAAGUGUACCUGGAGCAUCGAGAUGCACAUCAUGUUCCACCGGCACAAACCCCGGCAGAGGUGAGGGCCGCUGUGGAGUCUGCGGCGCAGGCAAUUGCCAACUGCGAUGCGCUGAUCUUCACAGCAGGAGCCGGGAUGGGAGUGGAUUCUGGUCUGCCGGACUUCAGAGGUUCGACGGGUCUCUUCAAAGACCGUGA